AAAUGACGCAUUAUCCUUCUGUCAGUGUUAGUGUGUAGGUCGAUUAUCUGAUGUGCGAUUUUUGUCAGGUCAGAGUGCGUAGUGUCGGGGCCACAGGAAGCUGUGACAGGGUGUUGUACGCUUAGAGUGUGGUUCGCAAUGCGUGAUUUGGCCACAAAAAUGGCUGAGUUGAAAUUCGAAGCCCCUUUGGCUCAAUUCGAGGAAUCUGACGAAUGGGGCUCCACGGAAUUCCAAACCGCGAAUAUGAAAAACGAAAACGACAUCAACAACAUUAACUACAACAAAAAGAAGCAGGAUAUAAACGACGUUUUAAACGAUUUCAAUGAAGACAUCCUCAAUAACUCCCUGCCGUUGAGCAUACCCCAGAAGACCAUCAUUUUAAAGAAUGGGGAGACGCAAUCCGUCGCGGAUAACUUUACUGAAACAUUCUCUGGGUCAUUGGAGGAUUUGGUGAACACCUUCGACGACAAAAUAACCAAGUGUUUCGGAAAUUAUGAAGAAUCCGUGGAAAAGUUGGCCCCCGUUCAAGUGAGGAGUCAGGAGGAGAUCAUGAAUGAAUGCCAAAUGUGGUGGACACUGACAGGAAAUUUCGGCAAUAUACUUCCCAUAGAUUGGUCAAAAUCGUACGCAAGGAAAUUGCAAAUCAACGCUCUCCAUUUAGACCAGGAACCACGAACUCCUGAAGACGACCUCGACCUCAGUUCCGAAGACGAAGCUGUCGCAAGUGAUCUUGAUAUGCACGCGCUCAUCUUGGGAGGUAUGCCCCACGACUCGGAGCCUCUGAAAACUGCUGACGAGGUCAUUCAAGAAAUCGACGACAUGAUGCAAGACGACAUUUGUUCCAGUGACGGGUGUCCCGAGUCGAGGGAAAGGGAGCUGGCCAAUAACGAAGUUAUGGAGAAGGCCAAGGAGGUUCUCAGUUCUCCGCUGUAUGAAGACAAACUGCGGGAUCUCAGUUUAUCGCAGUUGAAUGAGCUCUUCCUAGAACUAGAAGUUCUGAUCAGGGAAUUUUCAGAAACACUGAUCUCAGAAUUGGCCUUGCGGGACGAGCUGGAAUAUGAGAAAGAACUGAAAAAUACCUUCAUAUCUCUACUACUUGCUGUUCAAAACAAAAGAAGGCAGUAUCAUGUUGAGAAGAAACGUGCAGCCAAAAAUACGUCUUUGAGGAAUUCCACUGGAUUGGAUCCUAAGUACUUGACAACGGUGAUUCCAUAUCAUAUAGACAGUGGACCACCAGAUAAUCAAACUCUCCAAAUUCUUAUUAAAAUACUGAAAGCCAUCAAUGAAGACAGCCCAACUGUUCCCACCUUAUUGACGGAUUAUAUAUUAAAAGUGAUAUGCCCUACCUAAGCCCGUGUUAGUAUAAAUACCAACUUUUUAGUGAAGAUAAGCUUACGACUGCUGAAGCACACUUUUCACUUGCAAUAAUUUGAUUUUUCUUCAGUGUCGCAGAGAAGAGGUACAUCCCACCUGCUUAUGAAUUUUUAAAAUAGAUAAUUUUCACCUUUAUUGGUUCGCUUUCAAAAUUCGAUUAUUGUUGCAAAACACAUAGAUAUAACAAAUGUUUUCACUAUAUUACAAUGUUCUACUCAAAAGUUACAGAAUAGUGAAAUUAUUCCACGAUCUUCUCUUCUUUGCGACACUUUUUUUUUAAUCAAAAAUGAUCGUCAUAUAUUUGUGUUGUAUAUAUUUUACUCAAAAUAUUCUAGUCUAAUGUCUUGCGAAGUGAUGGUUUGUGAAAUAUGUUUUAAGUGUACGUCGAGAGACCUCUGAUUUCGUUUCUAAGAGUUGACAAUUGUUCAACGGAAAGAAAUUAAUAUCUUGAAGAUUGGUAGCAAAAUUUGAGGUCUCGGUUUCGUCUUGAUGCCUACGAAACUUAUCUUGUGCAAUAUCAUGUAUAUUUUUGUUUUUUGGUUUAGUCUUGCCCUAACGGAUCCCGAAUAAAUGCUAACAAAAUUCCAAACAUAUUCUGGAACUAUCAAUAUCUUCGUAUAAUACUCUUGAAUGGUUUUACUUGACUAAUUUUGACGAAUGUUUGAUCCAGUGAUUAAGGAAUUCGAGUGUGAAAGAAAAUUGGAAAAAUAUAUUGUUUUAGGAAGCCUAUCGAAGACAGUUGAUUUUUUACAUCAUCCGGCAAGUUUCUGAAAGUUGUUUCUAUUAUUUGGGUUUUAUAAAUUCUGCAAGUUCUUGAACAGUAUGCUCACCAUAAAAAGACUGUCAUGGACAUUUGUGGUUCGAAUUUCCUUUAGUAACUUUUUAAAUUUGAAAUUCAUAUAAACUGUUCCUUCUUCUAUGCCUUCUUCCAUGCCUUCUUCUAUCACUCAUUAUUUUGAAACUUUUUUGAAAUUACUUUCAUAUUUGAUGGAAUGCUUUUAAUGAUAGAUAAAUAACCUCAUAGGGAAAACUUCAAGUUGGAAUUUCAAAAUGAAUUGGGGAAAUUAUUUUCAUCAUGUCAUGAAAAAUCGAAUCACAUACUUUUGAAAGUAUGUUGUCAUUCUCACUAAAUUACUACAUAAUCUCUAUGAUUUAUUCAUUAAUAAAUACCUCAUUAUGCUGGUAACUGAUGGCUAUGUUAGACGUCAUUUUCAUUAAAAUCAAAUCACAUUUCAACCUAGAAGAACGGUUUGGUGUAAUUUUACUGGUUACAAUUGAAAAAAAAUCUUUGAAUAGCGGAAAUUAUUCAAUAAAACUGAGGUUUUUUUUAGUUUUGUGCUAGCCCUUUGAAAUCAUCAAGUUUGUCAAAGCAUUAAACGAAUCUUUGCUACUUCCGUCUUCAAUGGUAACAGCUAACUAACUUAACCUAUCUUAAAUUCAGUUGACCAUUCUCACCAUCCUUUGUAGCUGGUGGAAAUAUGAAUGGGUGGAUCAAGUUUUUAGAUAUUAAUGGUGGAAUAAACAAUGUAUUUAUUUCUUUUUGCAAGCACUGAGUACAUGCAGGAUCAUCCAACUUCUCAAAGGUCACAAGAUCAGCCACAUCUCCAUCCAACUCGGUAUACAACAGUUUAACCUUCAAUUUUUCAUCAUGUUCAACAUCAGAACUAAUAGAACUAGUAGUUACAGUCAGUAAGACCUUUGGUCUUGCUGGCUGUAGACCCCUACAGCCAGUCUUACUGGUCUUACUGGCUGUAGACCCCUACAGCCAGUCUUACUGGUCUUACUGGCUGUAGACCCCUACAGCCAGUAAGAUCAAAGGUCUUACUGGCUGUAGGGGUCUUGAAGAUUCACCUAUAUAACUUAUUCCACAGGAGAAACCGGAAAUAUGAACCUAAACUGAAUUCUCGGAAAACAUCUGGUAUGUGUAUUCAUGUAGUCUAUCUUCCUCUUGAAGAUGAU